GCCUCAUGUAUGCUGUAAGGUGUGGGUCGGAACUUAUCAUCAAGCUGCUUCUGCAAGGAGACAUCGACACCUUUAAGCAAGAUGCUUUUGGGUGGACAGCUAAACGCUACGCUGUUGAGAGUAAAAGCAAAGUUAGGAAGCUGCUUAUUGACUAUGAUGAAGAGGAACUGAGGCAAAGAUGUUCAGUGCACCCAAAACACUUCAAGAUUCUGCAUAGAAAGCAAAGAAAGACGGAGAAGAUUCCAUUGGUGGAAGACUAGGCACAGAGGAAGAACCCCAGAAUGCAGCCCAGGAGCUAGAAGAAUUUCAGCGCUGUCACACAAAUGUUAAGUUUUUGAUUUUUCUAGAUAUGGAUGUAACACAUGCUGGCAUUAGA